AACAGGCAUGAAGGCAUGACAGGAGACUGGCAGCUCCACAUUCCUACGGUGAAGGAGGCGACAUCAGCAGUAGCCAAUGACACUGACAUUGCAGCUCCAGGUUGCAGUGUCACACACAGCACUGGGAAGAAGGGACUCUCAGCCCAUCAGCAUCCACCUCUUCACCCACCACCCUUGAUAACUCCGGUGAAGACCAUGAAGAUCAUCAACAUCGGACCAGACCCAUCGCAGGUUUAUCGGCCAAAUUUGACAAAUAUCAACGACGAUUCAAAAUCUGGGUACAGGAACUUUCAGAAUGGGGAUCUUAUUGAGAGAGUCUACAAGACCUACAAGACAAUGCACACCAAUCAAACUCUGGAAUUUGUGAAAAAGAAGCACGAAAUGUGGUCUGGAUGCAAUCACACUCAAAUGAACAUGAUGGAGAGCAUUGGCACUCUCAAUCAGCUGGUGGAUGAAUCUGAUCCAGAUGUGGACUUCCCCAAUUCCUUCCAUGCCUUCCAGACAGCUGAAGGAAUCCGUCAGGAGCACCCAGACAAAGACUGGUUCCAGCUGAUCGGGCUCAUUCAUGACAUCGGGAAGAUCAUGGCAUUUUGGGGAGAACCUCAGUGGGCCGUGGUGGGCGACACAUUCCCAGUAGGCUGCAAGUUCCAGAACUCCAUCGUCUUCAGGGGCACCACAUUCAUGGACAAUCCAGAUGAACAGAACCCAGCCUACAACACUGAAUAUGGAAUCUACCAACCACAGUGUGGCCUGGAUAACAUAUGGAUGUCAUGGGGCCAUGAUGAAUACUUGUACAGAGUGAUGAAGUUCAACAAGUGCUCUAUUCCAGAAGAGGGCUUGUACAUGUUGCGAUUCCACUCCUUCUACCCCUGGCACACCCACGGUGACUACAUGCACCUCUGCAAUGAGAAGGACCAGCGCAUGCUGCCGUGGGUGAAGGAGUUCAACAAAUUUGACCUGUACACAAAGAGUACAGACCUACCAGAUGUGGAGAAGCUGAACCCUUACUACCAGUCGCUGAUAGACAAGUACUGCCCGGGGGAGCUGUACUGGUGAGGGCCAGAGGUGCUGCCAACUUGGAGAGAAAAGCCCCCCCACAAAUGCAAGAAGGUCUGCAGGGUGGGGCAGCAGCCGAAAUGAGCACGCCGACGUUGCAUGGCAACUGAAGAAUACAGGACAGACGUCUGUGGAAAAUCUUUAUUAAGUACAAAAAGUUUGUAUAAAAAUGCACUCAACCAAUCCCCCCCCCCCCCCCCAAUUAUAAUAGCUUUUUUUUUUUUUUUGAGGGGGGGAGGAUAAAUGUCUUGCAUUGCUUUUGGGAAAAACAGGCAAAGGAAAUAAAAUCCAGCAGGUGCAUCUCUAA